CUGAUCUUCGCACGUCCAACACCGAGAAACCUCGCCCUCCGCGCUUCGCACGCUGGUCGCUCACUGCCGCAGUCGCGUCGCACGCGACGACGAUGCCACGGCGAUGCGCGCCCGCGGCGCCCGCCCGUCCACGACCGGCACGAUCGGCGUGACGGGCUUGGCGACGCCGCGGCUGCCGGAGCUGGCACCAUCCAAGUCGGGGGACCCGAAGUACCUGGAGCUUCAAGUGCCACAAGAGCCGUCAGAUGAUGCGAAGGCUGCGAGGGCAAAGGCCCUUCGGGAGCCGCUGCCUCGCCGGGUGAAGCUCCAACCCUUGGAGAACGCCGCCACCAGCGACGCGAAGCCCAGCGACGCCGCGCCCGGGGCAGCGCCCAACGCGGCCCCAGCGCCCAAGGCGAAGGGGGUGAACCGCAAAGCCUUCCAGGCCUGCCGGAAGGACGCGGACGUGCGGAGCGUCUACUCCUGGGAGCAGCGGAAGGUCCUGGGCAGCGGAUCCUUCGGAGAGGUCUUCGCCGUGAAGCACCGCUUCCACAGCAAGAAGCUGGUGGCCAUCAAGCAAGUCUCCAAGGAGAAAUGUGAACACUUGGAGCAACUUCGAAUGGAAAUUAGCGUCCUCAGUCGAUUGCAGCAUCCUCGGAUCUUGCAUUUCUUCGAAGCCUAUGAGGAUUUCAAGGACAUCUAUAUCGUCACCGAGCUUUGUAGUGGUGGAGAUUUGCAGCAAUGCAUGGCCGAGACGAAGGGGGAACUGGUCUUCGCACAUCACGCGGCCGAUCAAAUCCUAAGGGCUUUGAUCUACUGCCACUCCCGCGGCGUUUGCCACCGUGAUUUAAAGCCGGAGAAUGUGCUUCUGGUGCGGAAGCUCCAGCCCACGGACCGCACGCCGCCCAUGCGCUUGGCGGACUUCGGCCUGUCCGCCUCGGUGCAGGCAGCGCAGAGCAAUGUGUGUCAUCAGAUCAGUCACGUCAAGUCCCGCUUCUCCGAUGGCUCCAUGAACGAGAUCCCGCCCAUGGACUCCAUCGUCGGCACGGCUGAAUAUAUGGCUCCCGAAGUCAUGGCCGUCUUGGAUGCCCAGAUCAGGGCCGCCUCGCCGCGCGGCGUGGCACGGUGCAAGACGCGGCGCUGCUACGACUUCCGCUGCGACGUGUGGUCGUUGGGUGUCAUCAUUUUCAGCUUGCUCAAAGGUGAAGCACCUUACUCUUUGGAAGAGAUGGUGGCCUAUGUGGAAGACCAGACCUCGCUGCCGCGCCUCUCCAGCCGUGCAGAGACGUUGGAUCCGAUAGCCCUGCAGUUUGUGGAGCAAUGCUUGCGGGUGCCAUACAGAUCGAGGCUCAGCGCUCGACAAUUGGCAGCCGAAGCCUUCAUCAAAACACAGGAGCCACGCAGUGCCUUCGCCCGGAUCGACAAGGAUGGUUCUGGCACUGUAGAUAUGGAGGAGCUUCGACAGUAUUUGCUGGACCAUGGGCUGAGAGAAGAGCACUUGGAAAAACUCUUCGCUCGCUUAGAUCUCGACAAGGACGGGCAUAUCUCGCAAGCGGAGUUCCAGGAAGGUUUCCAGGCCUUCAUCGCUCUGAAGAGCAUGUCCGGCCAGGUCAUCUCCGAGAUCAUCCAGAACGUCGAGAAGUUCACCAAGUCCUCGCAACUCAAAAAGGCCGUGUUGACCUCGGCGGCCCGGCACCUCGGAGGCUAUGAGCUCCAACAGUUGCGGGAGAUCUUCGAAUCGGUGGAUGGCAAUGGAGAUGGUGCCAUCUCCAAACAGGAGUGGCAGAUCAGCUUCUCCUUGGUGGGCGAGCGCUUCGCGCGCUCCGCCGAUUGGAUGGAACAGGCCUUUGUGGCCAUGGACACCGACGGAUCCGGUGAGAUCGACUACAGCGAGUUCCUGGCGGCCAUCAUGGACUCGCAGCUCAUGGAACGUCGUGAUUUGCUUUGGGCUGCCUUCCAGGAUUUCGACCGGAGCAAUGUGGGGAGCAUCUCCCAGGAGAAUCUUCGGCUAGUUCUGGAGGGCGAAGCUUUGCAGGGACUCUUUCCGAAGAAGGACGAGGGCUUUGUGGACUCGGUCCUGGCGAACGUGGAGGAGAGCGGGGGCGAGCUCUCCUUCGAGGAGUUCGUCGAGUUGCUCCAACUGGACUGAUGAAGGAUGCUGUGAAGAGCGAAUGGCUUCGAAUUCGGAAUGGCUCCAACUCUGCCAAAGGCACGGAAUCCGGAGCGCCGUGGAGCCAGCGUGGCCUCAGCGCAAGUUCGCUGUUAAAGCUUGCCGUUGAGCGCCAGCGCCGGUGGCAAGUCCUUUCAACGGAGAAAUGAUGACGGGGAGACGGGAAGACCGAUGUGAU